AAUAUCUUGUGUAUGGCAAACGCUGAGCUAUGGGAUAGGCGUCUAAUUAGACCCAGAAUAUAUGGAGGCCAGGAAAGGACUAUCGAACAGCUCGGCGGCUAUGCCGUUCAGAUAUACCUGGGCAACAGGCUGAUAUGUGGUGGCACGCUAGUCAGCUCACGUUAUAUUGUUACAUCGGCACACUGUUUCGCAUCAGUUUCGGACUACACUCAAUAUCACGUAGUCGCUGGCGAGACAGAGACAGCAAUGUAUUUUCCAACAGAGGACUCGAAAAAUUCGGUACUCAAGUUAAAGAUACAUCCGAAGUAUGAAAGAACGCAGUUCAUAGCUGACAUUGCUGUGGUCUCACUCAGCAUACCCUAUAAAAAGCCCAAUGUCAACUACCUGCCUCUGUGUUCGCAAAAGCCAGCUGCCGGCAAUGUGGCCACCGUCUCUGGCUGGGGUGUCAGCGAAUACUAUCACGAUACGUUGCGCGCCAUGAAGGUACCUCUCAUUGAUGAAACGGAGUGCAGCCGGAAGAUGGAGCGCACUAUGCCCGACAACGUGAUCUGCGCCGCCGGCUACAACGGUCGCACCCUCUGCCAUGGCGACUCUGGCGGGCCCCUGGUCAUCAAUGGCGAACUGUGCGGCAUCAGCACUUGGACUUCCAAAUGCGGCAAUCACGACAUGCCCGACGUCUUCAUGAGCGUCUACUACUAUCGGGACUUCAUUAAUAAAACUAUCGCUGAUAUGCGAAAGUAAUCACAAAUCAAUUCGACAGCGGAUCUGUAACUAAUAAUAGCAAAUC